AUGAAGCCUGCUGAGUUGAGAUUUCUUCUAGAGCUCUUCAUCUUCAUCUUACUGGCUACCCCAUUCAUGGGUGGUGUUGUUAGACUUACUGAGCGGAUAUGUGGAGAUCUCAAAGAUCCCUGCCUUAUGGACCUGAAUUCUGGCAGCUGCUAUGAAGUCCAUUUUAGAUAUUUCUACAACUACACCUCCAAAAGAUGUCAAAGUUUUGUCUUCUCUGGCUGUGAUGGCAACCUUAACAACUACAAUCUUAAACUAGAAUGUCAAAUAGCCUGUGAGGAAGAGUACAAAGUACCCAACAUGGUGUUUUAUACAACUAAGCUGGCUCCCAGCCCACAGUUGACCAUUCCCCAGUCACAGGAACUAGAAGAAGCGCGAGAGGGCUAUGGUAUGGCUGAUUCCCAGGAGAGGGAGAUAGGGAGUGGCCAUGGGAGUAACUCAAAAGCAGAAAUUUUGUCCUACGAAUUUGAUACUCCUAGUGAAUCUUUGUAG